AACUAGCCUAACUCCGGAGUAACUGCGUCGCUUUUGAACGAAGCUGGCCGCCAAACAUAUCAGCAUAAUUUCCGCAUUCCCGACUAGCCGGCUCAGUCAUCUUUCCGCAUGAGCGCUCGUUUUGAUAGUGGACGUGGUUGUUGCCGUGGCCACGAUGGAAUCGCGCAAAGCAGAUGAAGAGUCGACCACCAUCAAGGUCGCUUCUACCAAGAACUCGCUAGCCAAGACACCCGGUUCUCGCGGCGGAGCGAUAAAACUCAAGAAGUCUGCCUUGACACUCGUCAAAGCUGGCAAUUGGAAGGAAGCCGCUGUCGUUGAAGACGACAAGAAGAAGAACAAGGAUAAGGAUAAGGAUGGUGCCAUAACCGCCGUCUCCCCAAGCCCAAUUGUCAACCAGCUCGACGAGGCCCGCCGCGCUACCUUUAUCACUGGCCGCCCCCUCGAGGAUGGUCCCGAGAUCUACCAAUGCAAGCACUGCAAGAAAAGCGUCCUCAUCUCGGCUGCCCACGAGCACAUUGGCGCCUGUCUGAGGAUCAAGAAGGAAAAGGCGCAGCGCAAGAAAGAGGCCCGCGAGGCCCGUGAGCGCGCCAAAGAGGCCGCUCGCGAAGAGGAGGCCCGGAAAGCCGGUGGCGGUGAGGAACCCGACCGCCGAGAUGACGACGAUAGCGAUGCCGAAGAUAUAGCCGAUAGGAAAGGCCCCAACGCGGGCAAGACCACGGGCAAAGCUACGGGCAAGAAGACCGACGUGGCCGUUGGCGGUAAAAAACGGAAGGCCGAAACCGACAUUGAUAAGGGGUCCAAGACCAAGAAGAAAAAAGACGAGCCUAAGCCAAAGGUCGCUAAGCCGAAGGGCCCCGUGGACGUCGAGCGCCAGUGCGGCGUGCCGCUGCCGAACGGGCUAUUAUGCGCGCGGUCGCUUACGUGCAAAAGCCAUAGCAUGCUUGCUAAGCGUUCCGUCCCAGGCCGGUCGCUGCCCUACGACAUGCUCUUGACUGCGUAUCAGAAGAAAAACCAGGCUAAGCAGCAGAAGGCUGCCAUCGACGCAAAUACGGUGCAGACGGAGGAAGAAGACCAGAACGCCGUCUCGGUAGACAGCGAUGAAGAGACCGCCGCUGUCAUGAGCGCUUUGGCGCACUGGAAUCCCCAACCGGUUGUGCCGCAGCCUGUAUUUGCGCCCAUAAAACGGCAAUACCAGCUUGCGCGACUACAUGAACAGCUGCAAGCGGCAACUAACGGUGGCCGUGUCAACAUAUUCAAGGUUGUGGGCUUCGGCGCCCAGCGGCUCCCAGAGAACCAUCCGGCCAACCAGGCGAACAACUUGUAUGAUAAUGAUGAUGCCCAAGGCGAACCUGAUACAGCCGUGAUGGGCAAUUUCUCGCGGAGAUCUUCUAGCUUCAGUCUUUCAGGACCACCCCAACGACGGCCGUCUGUGUCCAGCCGAGCUUAGAAUGCUCGGAAUCCCGACGAGUCGUCGCCGCCUAGGUACCGCAAGUCCCCGCCACAAGAGCCUGA